CCCCACCACAUUUUUACAACAGCACCACACACCCGGCCGGAGAGUGAGGAAACUCCCCAGCGGAGUAUUUAACUACAGAGGUUUCCUUCAGACCGGUAUUUGGUCAAAUAGCGUAUGUUUGUUCGCUAAAUGAAGACUGAGACAAAAGCCCGAAGACCCACACAGGUUGCCCGCAUCCCCCCAGACUCCUGCGUGGCCCUCCAGACGAGCGCAGCUUGCCACAAAGCGGCGGUACCUCCGGUUUAGUGAACAUAAUCCUGUUGCUGAUAUUGUGGGUUCAACAUUUGUUGGUUUAAACGCUUCAUAUGACUUCUGGUUAUUAUUUUCAGUGCAAAUAGUUAUUGAAUGACUGCCAAUUGUCGGUUUUGAAUUCCUAAGGUCGUUAUAUUGCAGUUUGUUUCCGUAGCCUAAAGAGGCACGAGAGAUCACAAAGGUGGCUAAUGUUAGCGACUAGCUCGCGACACAAACGAGUUCCAUCUCCAUACGUAACUUCGAAAGGUCGUUCGGUGUGCUUACACGGGACUAUUCGCAUUAAGCAGCAGAACACACAUUUGUAACGGGGAGCCAAAUACUAUUUGCCUAGUUAGUUGGCUAUCUUGCUGGACAGGCCAGCUUCCUUGUAUCAAAUAACAAAUGGGCUAGUGUUAGCUAACGCUGACUGAGCUGCAUUUAAUAUUGUCGCACAAGUAAGGAAAUGAAGACGUUCAUUUAAUUUAGUAGUUUUUUUAGAUUAUCAGUAUGAUGGCAUUUMAAUGAGAAUUGACUUUAAGCUAACAAUCAAGGAAGAUAACUUUAGCUAUUAUAUUUGUAUGUAUCAAUCACAUUUUAGUUUGAUUUGAGUCGCUGAGAGCCAACGAAAAGGACUGGAGUUGGGAUAUCAAUUGACGAUCGGAAUUAAUUCUGUCCCUGGUUUUAACCGGAUUUUUGGCCUCUUUGGAUCGACGUGGGAGCAGCGGGAUUUCGACGUCCACUCUUYUCUGUCACUGUCGAUAUUUUUUCCUCUCCCUCCUCCCCCACAACCGUUCCCCGUUUCUUUCUCCGAUGCGGAUUGUUGAGUAGCACCGGCAACCAAAUCAAUACGGCAGCCGGACAUGCUGAAGUGUAUCCCUUUGUGGCGCUGUAACCGCCACGUCGAGUCSGUGGACAAGCGACAUUGUAAUUUGCAAAAUGUCCCCGACGAGAUAUURCGCUACAGCCGCAGUCUGGAAGAGCUUCUCCUCGACGCCAACCAACUCAGAGAUUUACCCAAGCCUUUCUUUAGACUUCUGAACCUGCGGAAGCUGGGCCUGAGUGACAAUGAGAUCCAGAGGCUCCCUCCUGAGGUGGCCAACUUCAUGCAGCUGGUGGAGCUCGACAUCUCCAGAAACGACAUUCCUGAGAUCCCCGAGAGCAUUAAGUUCUGCAAGGCGUUYGAGAUUGCAGACUUCAGUGGAAACCCCCUCUCCAGGUUGCCUGAUGGUUUCACUCAGCUGCGAGGGCUCGCCCACCUGGCCCUCAACGACGUGUCACUGCAGACACUGCCCAACGACAUAGGAAACCUGGCCAACCUGGUGACGCUGGAGCUCAGGGAGAACCUGCUCAAGUCCCUGCCCACGUCGCUCUCUUUCCUGGUGAAACUGGAACAGCUGGACCUGGGCAGCAAUGAACUGGAAGUGUUGCCAGACACACUUGGUGCUCUCCCUAAGCUACGGGAGCUUUGGUUGGACCGUAACCAGCUCUCCUCAUUACCACCAGAGCUGGGGAACCUGCGGAGGCUGGUGUGUCUGGACAUGUCAGAGAACCGCCUGGAGGAGUUGCCCUCGGAGCUGAGCGGCCUGCUGGCCCUCACUGACCUGCUGCUCACACAAAACCUCCUGGAGGUGGUCCCUGACAGCAUAGGCUCUCUGAAGCAGCUGUCCAUCUUGAAAGUGGACCAGAACCGACUGACCCACCUGAGCGACUCCAUAGGAGAGUGUGAGAACCUGACYGAGCUCGUGCUGACCGAGAACCUCUUACAGACUCUGCCUCGCUCGCUGGGCAAGCUGAAGAAGCUGACCAACCUGAAUGCGGACCGCAACCGGCUGGGCAGCGUGCCCGAUGAGCUGGGCGGCUGCGCCAGCCUCAACGUGCUCUCCCUCAGGGACAACCGUGUGGCCAAGCUGCCUGCUCAACUGGCCGACGCCACCGAGCUCCACGUGCUAGACGUGGCAGGGAACAGGUUACAGAACCUCCCGUUUGCCCUGGCCAACCUCAACCUGAAGGCCAUGUGGCUGGCAGAGAACCAGUCCCAGCCCAUGCUCAAGUUCCAGACGGAAGAUGAGGAGAGCACCGGGGAGAAGGUGCUCACCUGCUACCUGCUACCCCAGCAGCCUUCCUCUAGCCUGGAGAACCUGCUCCAGAACAGUGUGGACGACAGCUGGACAGACAGCAAUCUGAACCGCGUGUCAGUCAUCCAGUUCCAGGAGGAGACCACCAAGCAGGAGGCGGAGGACGACGAGGCGGCCGCGGAGCGCAGGGGUCUCCAGCGGCGGGCGACACCACACCACAGUGAGCUGAAAGUGAUGAAGAAAGGGAUUGAGGAGAGGAGGAAUGAGGCCUACACUUCCAGAGCUGAUGGAGAGACGGAGUCCCCUGGUGCUGAGGAGAAGCGGCUGAGCGAUCUGUCCAAUCAGAGCCACGACUCUGCGGCGUCCAACAGCACGGCCUCGGCCAACUCCCACGAAGAGAGGCGGGGCCUGAUGACCACAGACCUGGUGGGUGGGCGUGGGCCCCAGGAGGAGGAGGAACUAGAUGAGAUGGAGGUGGAGUACGUAGAGCCCACGGUGCACUUUGCAGAGGAGCCUGUGUACCGYGGUGGGGACGAGAAUGGUGACGAUGAGGAGGGCGAGGAUGGGGUCCCACACAGCUACGAAGAGGAACAACAGAGGCCCCAGUUCCCCACGGAGAAGCAGCGUCUGAUCAGGAAGGACACGCCGCACUACAAGAAGAACUUCAAGAUCACCAAGCUGCCAAAACCCGAGGCGGUGGCCGCGUUACUGCAGGGCUUCAGCCCCGACGCUCACCUGGGCCAACACCCCGCCUCGCACCACACUGCCCCUGAGGAGGAGGAGGAGGAGGAGGAGGAGGAGGAGGAGGAGGAAGGGGAGGAGUGUAUGGUAACUCCACAGCGCCACAACAGGAUAGAAGAGCCAGAGCUGGAGGAUAGGAGUCUGCUUCAUGCCAACUCCUCCCUGCAGCCGGUCAAGGGGGUGUCAUUUGAUCAAGUCAAUAAUCUGCUGAUUGAGCCUGCUCGAAUUGAGGAGGAAGAGCACAACCUGACCAUUCUACGGCAAACUGGGGGUCUGGGCAUCAGCAUAGCCGGAGGAAAGGGAUCCACACCCUACAAGGGGGAUGAUGAGGGCAUCUUCAUCUCCAGGGUGUCUGAGGACGGACCUGCGGCCCGGGCUGGGGUCAAAGUGGGAGACAAACUCCUCGAGGUGAACGGCGUGGCCCUCCAGGGGGCGGAGCACCACACGGCGGUGGAAGCCCUGCGCAGCUCGGGCACCGCCGUCUCCAUGAGCGUCAUCCGGGAGCACAUGGUGGAGCCGGAGAACGCCAUCACCACCACGCCGCUGAGGCCCGAGGACGACUACUUCCCCCGGGAGAGACGGGCCAGCGGGCUGCCCUUCUGCAUGGAAGCCAGCUCCCCCGCAGGCCCCCGACACAGGCGGUCUGCCUGCCUGGUCCGCAACGACAAGGGCCUGGGCUUCAGCAUCGCCGGGGGCAAGGGUUCCACAGCUUACCGCACGGGGGACUUGGGGAUCUACAUCUCCCGAAUCGCAGAGGGAGGGGCGGCCCACCGAGACAGCACGCUCCGCGUCGGGGACAGGGUCAUCACCAUCAAUGGUGUAGACAUGACAGAGGCCAGGCAUGACCAGGCAGUAGCGCUGCUUACCGGCACCUCCCCCACCAUCGCCCUCCUGGUGGAGCGCGACCAGGCCGAGCCGGGCACCGCAGGGGGCUCCCCGGGCCUGUCCCGCGCCCGCGCCCACUCCCCCCCGCCCCCAGAGCCCUCRGACUCGCCCGAUCAGGAGGAGGGCAACGACGACUCGCCCCACGGGACCCACCUAAGCCGGCCGCUGCAGGACGAGUACCCCAUCGAGGAAGUGAUGUUGGUGAAGGCGGGCGGCCCUCUGGGACUGAGCAUCGUGGGAGGCAGCGACCAUGCCAGUCAUCCGUUCGGCAUCAGCGAGCCUGGUGUCUUCAUCUCGAAGGUGAUCCCGCAUGGCUUGGCGUGUCAGAGUGGGCUGCGGGUCGGGGACAGGAUACUGGAGGUGAACACCAUCGACCUGCGCCACGCCACCCACCAGGAGGCUGUUAAAGCCCUGCUCUCCAACAAACAGGAGAUCCGCAUGCUGGUGCGCAGGGACCCCUCACCGCCGGGGAUGCAGGAGAUAGUGAUCCAGAAGCAGACUGGAGAGAAGCUGGGCAUCAGCAUACGUGGCGGUGCCAAAGGCCACGCUGGCAACCCUUUCGACGCCACCGAUGAGGGCAUCUUCAUAUCCAAGGUGAGCUCCAGUGGUGCAGCGGCCAGAGACGGCCGUCUGCUGGUGGGCAUGCGGAUCCUGGAGGUGAGCAACCACAGCCUGCUGGGCAUGACCCACACGGAGGCCGUGCGCGUMCUCCGCGCCGUGGGAGACACACUGUUCAUGCUGGUGUGUGACGGCUUCGACCCAGGCAACGCUGCCGCCAUAGAGGCGUCGCCGGGCAUCAUUGCCAACCCCUUUGCGGCGGGCAUCGUGCGUAAGAACAGCAUGGAGAGCAUCUCCUCUAUAGACCGAGACCUGAGUCCUGAGGAGAUGGACAUCCUACAGAAGGAGGUGGAGGUAGCGCGAGAGACGUCCCAGUGGGAGAGAGAAGAGGUGGAGCGCAUGCGCUUGGAGCGUGAGGAGGCUACUCGCCUGCUAGAAGAGGAGACCGAGAACCUGGGCACUGGACCUCUGAAUCUGGACUACCGGACGCUGGCCGCACUGCCCACCACCGCUCUGCAGAAGGUCAACAGGGCACCCUCCACUGAGCCCCCCAGGACAGACAGUCCCAUUAGAGAUGCCCCCUACUCACCUAGCACACAACCGCCCAGUGCUCAUUCCUCCACCAGCUCCCUGUGUGCAGGCAGGGAGACCCGCUUCGCAAGCAUUCAUUUCCCCCCCACUGCACUGCCUGCCAAGAAUAACUCGCCAUUGAGUCCCUAUGAGACGAGGCCGGGUUCCAUCCAGCCACUCUCCCGUGGUGGCGGGCGGCCAAGCACCUCGCCAGGCACUCCGGACGGGCACAGCAGAGACGGGCACAGCAGUCCCAACCCCUUCCAGCAUGGCCCCUCCCCCAUCAACUCCCAGACCUCUCUGCAGCCUCGUGCCCCCUCCCCUGACACGAUCGAUGAGUUCUCCCUGAACCCCAAGCAGGCAUACAAGGCGUUUGCCGCCGUGCCUCACUCGCUGGCCAUGCUGGAGCCGCCGCUGCAGGACCUGUAUGGCCAGAGGAACAACGUCCACUCCAACCUGCCUUCUCCUUCUCCAGAGCCUGAGCUGAACAACGAGGUGUUUGAGGAUAAGGUAGAGGGGGACGGAGGACUAGGUGGAGGUCUGGCAGCCCCCGUCUCUCCCCGACCCUCCCUCUCCUCUGACCGUCGGGACUAUUUGAGUCUGGCAGCAGUGCCACGCCUCUCCAGAGCCUCAAUGGACAUGGUUGUAAAGACUCCAUCUCCUGGGGGCAGAGACAGCCCAGAGCAGCGCUCCUUCAGGGACAGACAGAAGUACUUUGAGAUCGACAUGAAGCAGCAGACGCCUGACAGCAAGCCCAAAGGCCGCGUGUCCCUGGUGGGAGCAGAUGACCUGAAGAAGAUGAGGGAGGAGGAAGAGAGGAGAUUCGAGCAGCGGGCGCGGGAGUACCUGAUGGAUGACGAUGAUGAGGAGGAGGACGACCUGGUGAAGCAGAUGGGAGUGUUGAAGGCCACGGGCAAGGUGUUGCUGGAUGGGGUGGAGUACAAGGUGGAGCCUGUGGCCACGCCCCCCAGGCACUAUAACACGCCCCCCAGCUACAGCGCCACGCCCCCUAGCUACUGUGGCAGCUCAGGGCCCUCGUCAGUGGAUGGUAAAGGAGACUCCCAGAGGAAUUCCUUAGAGGAGAGCUUCAGGUUAGAUCAGCAGCGGCCCAACUCCAUGACUGGUCUGAUCCCAGUGUACCCUGGAGAGUCGGGGGCUCCCAUCCGGACGGCCAAGGCAGAGCGGAGGCAACAGGAGCGGCUGAGGAUGCAGAGUCCAGAGCUGGCCCCGGCCGGAGACAAGGACCUGUCCCCCGCCGAGAAACGGGCUUUGGAGGCCGAGAAGAGAGCCAUGUGGAGGGCAGCAAGGCCCUAUGGCCUAGAGGAGGAUGUUAGGCAGUAUGAGCAGGACCUGGCUAAGAGGCUCUACCAGUCGCGAGUGAGGGCGUCUCAGGGCACCGUGCCGCCUCCUCAGCCCCAAAACGCUGCCGCUUCCUCCGCUGCCUCCCAGCUCAGGAUGAAGUCUCUGGAGCAGGAUGCUUUGAAGGCUCAGAUGGUCAUCGCUAAGUCUCGGGAGGGAAAGAAGCGUGGCACACUAGACCAGCUGGCCGAGUCACCCUCGCCCGCCCCCACGCCAUCCCCCACCCCUCUGGAAGAUUUCAGUCCCAGAGGAGUGACGUCACCAGGCAGACUGUCCCUGUCGGAAAAGAAGUUUGACUACCGACAGUUUGCUGCCAUUCCUUCUUCCAAACCCGUAUACGACAUCCAGUCCCCUGACAUGGUCGACGACUUUCAGUUCAUUGACGACGGCUCCAGUAACCCCGUGCCCGCUGAGGUGCCCACUGCCACCUCAACGCUGGAGGAGAUGGCCCUCUACAGAAACAAGCGCAAGCUGAGGCAGGGCCGCCGCAGCCUGGAGACCGCCGUGCCCACAUAACACCUCACACACACCUACCGCAGGAGACUCGGGUGUGAUACACACACACAGAGGUGGCGCUGGGUCACUAUACACUACACACACACACACACACACAAGUUUGGGAGAUGCGUCCCAUGUAACCACUGCAGAGACUAUGAUGCUGAUAAUCAACAAACACACAUACCAUGUCAUGUCCUGCGUGCCAGUCUUGCCUUGACAGUCUGAGGAUGAGUUGGCAUGAACACAAGGCCCAACGUUCCCGAUACCAGGGAGGAGGAGGGCCUGUGAGGCUAGCGUUACGUUUCAGUUUUCCUUUUUAUUUGGGUUAUUUUUCUUCAGUUUGCGUUUUAGAAGCUGAAUUAUAUUAACAGGCGACUUAUGUUUUUAUUUUUGCGCCUCUGAUUUUUUGCCGUUUUAAAAGAAAAAUGUGUUCUGGAAGAGCAAUGGGGGGGGGGAAAUGAAAUGUGUAGCUGUAAUACUAACUUUUCAGAUGCUAUUUUGGAGGUUUUCAGUGAAUAGAUUGUGAAAUGUCAGGGUUUUUAGCGGGCUUUAGGGAGGGGGAGUGUAUAUAUUGUAGGAGGUGGGAACAUACUGCUACCUUCACUGCCACGUGUGCAAUGCAUUUUAAACACUACGUACAUAUCUCGAUUGCACUGCCGCACUGCUUAGAAAACAUUUUAAUCUUUUUAAAUAAUUUAUUUUGCUUGUGUUUUAUUACUCUAAUCUAAACCCUCCCCUGUAAUACAUUGUUGUUAAUCCCUGUACAACCAAACAAUGGUGCGGUGCAUAGCUUUUUAUUUAUCCCUAAUGACAUCAAAGCAUAUGAUAUCAUAUUCAUAUUAUUCAUAAUAAUCUUAUGAGGCAACCGCCAUUCUUUUUUUCACAUUUUUUUUUUCAUCCUCAACCUGCUUUUUUGGGGGGGACAAUGAAUACAUUUGUUUUCACUUUGUUGCUGCACCGGUCUAAACCAGGUUCUGACUGAUGAAACGUCCCUAAUGUGGCAUGGUACAUGUACAGGCUGUCACAUACUCUUGUAGGGAAACUGAUCUCAGUACAGUUUGUGAUAUCAGUGGACCAGAGUAAAGGAGCUCCAACUGUCCUAGACCAGGUUUAUGAGAGUUUGUCAGAAUCCCAUUCUAGAGAAUGUAACUACACUGGAGAGACCAGCAGACAUGCAUAUAUUGACAGAAAUCUGAUGAGCCUCUAGUCCUAAUUCAAAAUGGCUGUCAAUUUGUGAACAUAAACUCAGUUUCAGCUUCAUCUCCAUUGACAUUAUACGGUACUUUCCCAGCCCUUUUUGGGAACAUAAUUUGUCAAUGUGAAUCUCACUCAUAUCUUUCAUAUCUGGAUGGUAUUCCAGAUUUGGCAGGUGAAGGUAGCAGGUGUUUGCUUAUUUUUGUAUCUGUCUUUGGUUAAUUUAAAUCUGACGCCACUGAAAAUCCUUUAUCAUUGUGUGAAUAAUGUACAAAAUACUAAAAGGAAAGCAAAACUUAACGGUCGGAACUGAGCCAGUCUACUAAGCCACGACCAAGCAAGUGUCUGGACUGGGGAGCUCUCUCUCUCACUCUUGCUCUUGCUCGCUCUCUCUCUCUCGCUCUCUUUUUCUCUCGCUCUCUCUGCAUGUAUAUUGGCUUUACUGUGAGAACCUGUAGAGGCAGAAAACAUUUUGUUAAUCCCUCUUGAAAUCUCAUUCGACCAUCAUUCUCAAUCUGUCUUUCCUCUGCUUUACCUGCUGCUGUCAGUGGAUGUUAUCUGAUUGCAGCAUUGUUGGAGAAGUGCAUUUUAAUCAUAGCUUUCAGUGUAGCUCUCCCUGACUGAAAUUCAGUUAGGUUGAUAACAUUUGCAAUUGGCUGAUUUUCUUAGUAGGUAAAACUUUCCAGACAAUGGGAUUCACUACAUUUUUAAGGCAGAACUGUUUGAUCUUUUUUUGGUUACUCUCUUCUUGAAUUCUCUUGGGGCUGUUGUUUUUCCAAAUGGGUCAGAGGAGAAGGGCAGAAGUGCUGGGGUCAAGAGUUAGAGCUCAUCCAAGACUGUAACUAGUGAAUUUGUACAACCAAAGAAGUCUAUUUUGUCGUUCAGGAACAAUAAAAUUUACUUUUCAUUUAACAAGCUGA